CUGGUUGCAGAGCUCGCCUGAAACUGGAGAGGCUACCCUCAUGGAGGAGCCUCUGAAGGCUCUCUUUGGAGUAACAGAUGAAAGCCUCCUGAUGUCCUUGGCUAAGGGCCACUCCAACCUCGCCUCCUCCAGCUCCUUCCAGUUGAGCUGUGCUAUUGCGGGGGAGGUAGUACACCAGCUUAACUCUGGCCGCUCAGUGGCCAUUCAGGCCAGCCUAUGGAGUUGCCCCCCUUUGGACAGUCAGGAUAUGGCAGCAGGCAGGGAGGUCAUUUGUGUAGCCUCGGUGCAGAUCCUGGCCGAGCUACAGAGCCAAAGAUCUGAGCCAGAGUGGAUAGGGUUUAUCGAGCCCCUCAUGGACCCUGUGACCGACGAUGUGCUGGAUGCCAUUGUUGGCCCUAUGGAAAAAAUGGCACAGGACUUCAACAUCCUAUUGGAUCUGGCCAAGAAGAUGAAAAUCUUAGGGUCUCAAUUUCUGACCAAACUUCAAUGUGACCUUGAUGUUGAAUGUCAAUCUGGGAAAGAAGAGACCACUCACUUUCUCAAGGAGACUGGAUCCUCUACUAGUGUGGUGGCCAGAAAGCUUCAGACCCUCUCUAGCCCAGACUUCCAGUCUAAAGCACUCAAGGUUGUGAGCAACAUCCUUACAAGGAAAGUCAGCAGCUCUUCUGGCGUGGCAUUUGCCUCUAGGCUUUCUAGUGCUGUUUCCAGUCUGACUGAGGCUCCCCUGAAUACCAGCUGCACAGCCUUGACAUCUGUAACUUCCACUGCCACAGUGAUUAAUAAGACAUUUGUGGGAAGCAUGGAGACGAUAGCAUCAUUUGAAGGCACAUGUGAAGCAGGUGAUUGGCCAGUUCCUCUAAAUGAGCACAAGACAGGGUCUUCACAGAAGAUAGCCUUUUCUGCAGCCCACACACUCUAUGGUCGUAUAUAAGCAAAGCUGAGGGACCUUUUAACUCUAUCCACUCGAGAUGAUGGUGUGGCUAAGGAUGCUUCUCUUCAGGAGUUUUCAGACAAUGUGGAAAAGGCUGUUUCAACUGGUGAGGUCCAGUUACCCAGCACCAAACUUGAUAGAGUACCCAGUGAGAGCCAACCAAUACCAGCUCUCUGUCUCUCUGAUCUGGAUACCAAUAAUCAAGAAGUUCUCAGCAGUCUUGUUUCCAUCUACAAGUCACAGUUAUCAAAAGUGGACAGUAAAUCGUUGGUCAUUGUGAGUUCAUCUGAUGAGUCCCUGGAAGCUUGUAGGUUUGUUGAUGGUGUCCUAUCCAAGCUUGAUGCCUAUACCAUAUACCAGUCACCCUCACCCGAUGAAGACUUGAGUGUGAGUCUUCAAUAUUCUCAACUGAGCUCAGAACAGAGUGUCAGAAUCACACAGUCAUCUACUAGUCUGAUUCAGAGCAUUAAGAACAUCUCUAGCAAGGACUUUAAGACUCAGGCAAAAGAGGCAGUGAGUAAAGUGCUGACAAGAUCCAGUCAUUCCUUUAUUACACAGAUCAGCAAUACUAGUCUUCAGGAAAGUCCUUAGGGUAGCUUAUUAUCUGGCUUGCCAUCAGAGAUGGCCUUCAUGUCCUCUCAGAAUACAGCUUCUGUAUUAGUGGAAACCUUUGUCAAAGGCAUGGCGACUAUUAUCCAUAACAAUGAGUCCACUGACACUAUUUGGCCAACAGAAUCUGUGCUACUGGAAAGAAGUGGGAGAGUUUUGCAGUCCUCCCUCGUUGGCUCCCAACUGGAUGAUACUGAAUUUAGUAUUAAAAUAUCAGAGGAGAAGCUUUGGUCAAUGGCUAAGACCAUCUGCGUCGGUAUGAAGAAGACGCUUAAGAAUUUCUUCACAGGGUUGAAGCCAUCCAGAUCCGAAAGAACAGAAAAUGCUUCUUCCAAAGAGACCCUUGGGGAAAUCCUGGUUGCUAUCCAGAGUGAAAUAUCAAACUUAGGGCGAAAUAAGUUUUCCAGGGAGCUCCUUCAGAUCAAUGACAUGGUAGGAACUAUGCUGAAGGAGGUUAAGAAAAGCAAGGAUGACAGUGAACAAGUCUGCCAAGACAUCCCUAGAACAUGUUCAUCUUUGUCCAUUUCUUCAAAGGGUCAUUGUUCCUUAUCCAGGUCUUCAAAGGGUCCAAGAUCAAAGUGUGAGCUAGAGAUCAACCUCCCUGGCACUCCCAUCCCUGACGAGGUUCCUGAUGAUUUGACCUUCCCCAUCGUAAGGAGCUCCUGCAUCGACACCAGGGACUCUAUAAUGCCAGGGUUUUCUACGAGUGACCUAAGGACAAAGAUGAUGACACACACAGAUGAAGCCCUGCAUCGUAACAGUCCAAGGACUGACAGUAGCCGACCAUCGAGUGCCAAAGCCUCUCUUCGAUUCUUCACUCCCUCUUGCACCAGCAAGGGAACCUCUUUGGUACCAAAGGGGGUUGGGAUUGACAUGGAAGAGAAAGAAGUCCCCAGCAGCUCUGGCCAUCUGAGGGAGCUCUUAAUCACCUCAGACAUCAGCAGUGCCACUGCAUUCCCUCUGCAGUCCUUGAUGGACUCCGGCAAAGAUGAUUUCAUCUGUUUGGUCACCAUACUGGUAAUAAGGUUGCUAUCGAAGAUCGGGCCCUCAGCCCUAGAUGGACCCAACAGGCAGCAGACAUGACAGCAAUAUUUCAACAGCUCAUCAGACAAGUUCUGUCUGAGUUCUGUGCUGCAUCCGGAUUCUCCAGGACACAGGCAUACCCUCAGGACCUGCACAUCCACACAGUGUCCAGGGGUAUACAUAAAAACCUACUGGAGGUGUCUGGCUCUUAUAACACCCUCCAAGCAGCUAUGGCCUCCCAGGAUUCUGAAUUUGACAGUUCCUGGUAAAAUCAUUGACCCAGCAGCUGGUGCAGGGAUGCAAGGAGGCGUCAAGACCAGCUUCUGCUGCAACAAACCCAGCAGACCAGGCUGAGACAGAGAUGAGGGCUGAGUAGAAAGCAAAAAGGUGCUUCCUUCUCAUUUUAGCGUUCCAAAAGAGGAAACAAAAAUGACUGCCAUUCAGUCCAGGACCAGACUGAGAUUCCCUCUACUGAUGGACAUUGCAUAGGCCCCCACAUUGGAGCUCAUGAUGCUGAAUCUCCAGUUGGAGAUGUUUCUCUUUCCAUCUCUCAUCCUAUCAAAAAACGCUCCUCAUCAGGGUCUUCUCAGCAAUGAUAAAACCCUUCAAGGGCUCCUCCAGGAAGACCCUGUAACCUGUUACACUGUAUGAAGAAAUACUUUCGUAACAGCAAGACUUUUGACAAGAGGAAUCUCUCCAUGUCUACCCUUUAAAGUCUAUUUGAUCAAAUGCAUGCAAACUAUUUUACAAGAGUUUGACAUGUUUUGGAUGAUUGGUAGCACUGAAGCAGCUUUUCUCACAUACUCUCUGGUCAGAAAGUGGAAGAGAAAUCCACUUGUUCCCCCAUGGUUUCAAACACAUUUGUUGGCCAGUUGUUGAGCUGGCAGGGCUUCAACCUCAGCUUGA